AGAAAAAACCAGGGGGAUAUACCUGCCAAGCAGCAAGCACGCAGCAACCUCGGAGUCUAAACGGGCGAGUCCACAGCAUGCACGCCUGUCCGAGACAGGGCAUAAAAAGGGAAGGAAAGGCAGGGAGGAGACGACCGGAAUCAGCCCCGUUUUGGCCGCCGGCUUGCACGCAAGCGACUCCCCUGGCGCAGGGUGGGGAAAAGGAUUGUAUUCCUCACUGCUUGUUAAGUCUCUUCGAGUAUGGGGGCAAGAAAUAUUUCAGAAGGGAAUCAUGGUCUUUGAAGCUGUGCUGAAAUCUGUCCUUCAGUUUCCUGAAAAUCUGAAAAAUAAGUUUCUGGUUUUUUACCUUAUUCUGAGCUCACACCUACUAUAUACACAAGCCAUCGAACGUUUGGAAGCCGUGCUAAAGGACUUGGAAAAGAUUGAAGUCAGCUCUGAGAUCGAUGCCUAUUUAUAUACUGCAGAUUUAGAUUACCCCAGUCAUUGUAAUCUAUCAGUGAUAAAAUGCUUUCAACUUGAGAUGAAUGUAGUGUCGCAUGAAUCUAAAUUUGAGGGUCAAAAAUUUCAUAAUAGUGUGAACCGUAUAAUGAGACUUCUUACAAAAUUUCUACCCAUUGAAACGAACACAGACACACAGACUUGCCAACGAUGUGAAACAUAUAAAGAAAAAAAAUAUUCAGACUUUAUAACAGGCUUCAGGUUUGUUAUACAGCGGAUCAACCAAGAAGAGAAGAAAAAAAUGAAAGUUGUGCACUGAGAUACUCCAUUGAAGCUGGAAGACAUAAUUUAUUUCAUCCUUGGAAAGAUAGUUUCUGAAUGGUCAGCCUAAUCCCAUCUCUCUCUCUCUUUUUUCCUUCCCUUCUGGGAGUUUGAAGUAGAGGUAGUCCUCAUUUAUGACUGACUUGUUUAGUGACGAUUUGUGAUUACAAUUAUGAAAAAGUAACUUUGCAACCAAUCCUUGCACUUACGAGUUUCAUGGGUCUGUACAGCAAAGGAAAUUUAAGUAAGAUCAUAGGCACAGUUGAAUUUUCACUUAGCAAUUACUUUGCUUAAUGACAAUUGUGGGUCCCAGUUGGGAUGGCUGAACAAGUACUACCUGUAACUAAAUUAGCUGAACGACACCUAUGUGCCAAUUUUAAAAGGAGUUUGCUUUCUGCUUCAAGAGAGGAGAUCACUUUUAUAUACUGGAAUGCUGGAAAAGAGAAAGAGAAUCCAAAGAGGAGGAAAUUGGGAACAUGGGGAUAGAGUUGGCUUUGGACAGUGACUGAAAAUGUGAAAAAAAUCAGUGCAGAUUCACACA